ACCCGACACCACCACAUCAAAUCAGCGCUUGAUAGUGCCUGACAGUGCUUGUAGUGGAUCUGUCUAUUGCGCGCAAAGGGCCCAGGUAAGCAGAAGGACGCAUCUCCUCCAGAGCCAAGAGUAAGAGAAAAAGACAGAGAACCCAAAAAAGAAAUACACAUUUUACCAUCUUUUCUUUUGCCUUGAUCACUUGAACCAUGUCUUCCUCAGUAUUUUACCGCUUCAAGAGCCAAAAGGAUUUCACGCGGCUCUCCUUUGACUCGCCGCUCGGGAUCGGAGUCUUUGACCUCAAGCGUGACAUUAUCACAAGAGAGAAACUGGGCAAUGGUGAGGACUUUGACUUGCGCAUCUCCAAUGCAGACAGCAAGCAGGAGUAUGCAGACGAUGCAGAGACUGUGCCAAAAGGAACGAGCAUCAUUGUUCAGCGUCAACCACCAGCGCGUGGACCCAGGAAGGGAACAGCGCAACGCUACGUGACGGGCAAUCCCAUCCACAUUCAAUCACGGCAGGAGUUUUCUAAUGUCACUGGUCCUACACCGACGCCACGGACAGCGACAGCGACGCCUGUAUCGACUGGUAACGCAGAAGAAGAUGCCAUCAAGGCCAUGUUUGCAGCAACAGACAACAAUUGGGCAGAGACACAAGACAAAAUGGCUCUGUCAAAGCCUGUAUUUCGCGCUGGCGGCACCGGGAAAUUCCCACCUGCUGCUGUGCCUGACCGUCCGCCACCUCAGGGAUAUAUCUGCUAUCGCUGUGGACUCAAGGGUCAUUGGAUACAGGCGUGUCCAACGCUUGGCGACGAGAACUUUGAGAAUCGCGUUCGCAUUCGCCGUACAACGGGUAUACCACGCUCGCAGCUGCAGAAGGUAGAAAAUAUCGAUGAUGUGGAUCCAGCGAGUGUCAUGGUGAAUGCUGAGGGAGAAACUGUGAUGUUUGUGCCGGAUUCCAAGUCUUGGGAGUCGUACAAGGAGAUUCAGGAACAAAACAAGGAUGAGUCUUUACCGGCUGAUCACGAGCUUGCGUGUGCCAUUUGUCACAAGCUACUCAAAAGCCCACACAAGACACCGUGUUGCAGCAAAGUAUGUUGCGAGGACUGCAUCACGGGGGCAUUGCUCGAGAGUGACUUUGUAUGUCCAUUGUGCGGUACAGCAGAUAUUCUACUCGACAAGCUCAUCGUGGAUGAGGAGAUGGCGGGCAAGGUCAAGGCGUACAAGGAGUCUAAGCAGGGAGAGUCAGGGACAUCAAACUCUGAUGACAAUGCCGUGGCCGGCCAAAAACGAGCACUUGAAGGAGAUGACGAGCAAGGAGGAACUAGCAGCGAGACGGGGCCGGCAGCAUUUGGCCAAUUUGAGCUUCCGGGGAUGCCACCAAUGCCGAUGCUACCGGGUAUGCCACAAAUGCCAAUGCCUGGAAUGCCCAUGAUGCCCGGGAUGCCGCCGAUGCCCAUGAUGCCUGGGAUGCCGCCGAUGGAUCCGAUGAUGUUUGCACAGAUGAUGGGUAUGCCAUUUCCUCCAGACAUGAUGGCGAUGAUGCAGCAGGGGCCGCCGCAGAGUCAGAGCGAAGGACCCAAGUUCAAGAAGGCGCGGCAGGGAUAAUGCACGAGUAGUAGACCAAUAUCCAACGGUAGAAUGGCUUGCUAAAGAGACUGAGAGUACGUAGAAGACGCAACAGAGAAACAGUAAAACAAAGGACACUAGAGGUCAAGCGCA